AUCUCUCUCAACGGCUCACUCGCUGUAGUAGGCUGUGGGGGCUUUAACUCAUUCGCGCCGAGUGUCACGUAUACGUGACGUGCCCAGUUUACUUGUUUAAUUGUUUUAACACAUAGAUGGCUACGCUUGUACUUGUACUGCCUGUCUCGCCUGUUUACCCUUUUCUUUAAUUUACGAAAAUGUCCUACGUUAUCUUAUUUUGCUGUUACUAAUGUUUAAUACAUUAGAGUAAUUAUAAUGUUUAUAAUAAAAAUAACCAUCAAUAUUCAUAGUACUAGUAGAUAUACGUUUUUUCCGCCAAUUCAAGUAAAGGUGAAAUCAGGUAAAGCAGUGCCAUCUAGUGUAGAGACAUUUCCUUAAAAAUUUAAAAAAAUGAGCACAGCAUUUUCCCCAUUUUUUGUUCAUUUUUACCCGGCGCGAAUGGGUUAAUACAGUGAUUGCCAGGACAGUGAUAGUUUGAUACGGCUGGACUCCUUAUUGAUGAAGAGCACACACAAAGGAACACCACUGGAACAUCUGGGAGCAGGCGCUGAACAGAGUGUCGUGUCCGGCCAGCCAGCCUUUGGGGCCCGGAGGCUUUGGAGACCUGGGCACGGUGACUUCUAGAGGCGAACUGAGGGUCAAACGGGGUCACCUAUAAUCAUCUAGGCCACGCUGAGGCGAUGGUUCCAAAUGGCAUAGGGCCACGUGGAAGAGCUUACUCUAUCAUGGCAUCACGGAAAAGCCUUACAAUUUGCAGAUAUAUGAGCUUGGCCUCGACGAUAACGAGGCCGACGGCGACGAGGAUUCCUGCGAGCAGUAACUUGAACAGGCAGACAUGGGUCAUGGCGAGGGGCGUGGCAGGGGGCGUGGCUAAGGGGAGGAGCGAGACGAUCAAAUGGCUCUGGGAAGCGGACGCGAGUGAGGCGAUGUUCGCCGUUGGACACACUCAUGGCUGCAGGUUUUCAUCAGGUAUUUACACUCUGAACACGCUGAAGCCUCUGCGCCCUGAGCAGGUGGAGAAGGCACUGGGCCAUCUGCGGAGACAGACUCAAGCUCUCCGAGCCGUCAUGAAAGUCAGAGAGGAAAAAUUCUGGAUCUGUGAAAGCGACCAAGAUCAAAUUAAUUUCAAGGUGUUGGAGGGAGGAGACAUCGCGCAGGAGCUGCGGCGCCUCACCAACACGCCCAUGGGCUACGAUCAGGCUCCUCUCUGGCUUACUGCUUUCAUGCCAGGGAGCGGCACUGACGCCAAGGCUGCCGGAAGGCCUUCCCACCUGAAGGAGGUCCGGGAGCAGUUCCCUCAUCAGAGCUACCUUGCCAUCACUGUCCACCACUCCUUCGUCGGCGGCCCAACGAUGCCCUUGAUCACACAGAGGCUUGUGGAGCUCCUCAAUGACGUCAUCGCAGGCCGCCCCGUCGACGACUCGCGGCAGAUCGGAGAGCUGGUGCCGUCGACGGAGAUCGACGCGGCGAAGCGCAGGAUCCACGCGGAGUUCGAGAGGGACCCGGCACGUCUGGAGGCCAUGAAGGAGGAGCUGCUGGCCUGCGACUCCGAGCCCAUCCUCCUGAAGGCGUUUCCGAGGCCUGGGGGCGCCCCCGCCUCCGGCCACGUCUUCAGGGACGUCAGCCCGACGCUCCUGCGGAAGUUCACUGCCAAGUGUAAGUCCGAGGGCGUGACGUUCAACAGCGGCCUGCAGGCGGCCAUCAACACGGCGCUGGUGGAGACUGUGGCGGAGGCCGGCCUGCAGCAGGACGCCUUCAGCCUCAGCAUCAAUCUCGCCACCGACGUCCGCCGCUACAUGAGCAGGAACCCGCUGGCGGUGCUGGGCCUGCACGUGCGCCCUACUGUGCACCGCGUGGUCACCCCCGCACGCGUGCGCGACCACUUCUGGCACUAUUGCAGGGCCUUGCACGGCUCCCUGGCGGGCCUGAUCCGCUCCGGCCUGGCGCUGCAGCAGGAGGUGGUGCGUGAGAUGACGCAGCCGCCCGUCGACCCGCACCGCUACUUCGCGACGCCCCCGCCAGUGCUCAGGGACUACGGCCUCGCCAGCGUCGGCGACAUGACCACGUUGAUCAGGGGAGAGGGCGAGCACCUCCAGCUGACGGACAUCCUCAUGGCUUCAUCUGCUCACCGUUUUCUCUUCAUGAUGCUUCAUCAGAUCUACACAUUCCGCGGUCACUGUCCUUACGCCGUCAGCUACGACACAUCCUACAUGACUCACGAUACAGCCACCUUGAUUGCAGACAAAGUGUUAGCAACAAUCGCGGACAUUUGCAAAUAACUAGAUCUCUCUUUCUUUCUCUUUUCCUUUCAUUGACCUGUUGUUUGAGUGUCAAAUUCUCUGUGACGAACGGUGACGUCAUUAUAAACGACAACCGAGAUAUAUGUUAAGGAUUUUGAUUUAACAAUGCACGCUAACGACUUUAUCAAGAUCAUAUUUAAAAAAAUGAAAAAUAGAAAUACAAAAAAACACCAUCUCUAUAUUUCUGGAGUCCAUUAGCAAGAUGAGAUAAAAAAGAUAACAUU